AUUUCCGUUCGACUUCCGUGUUGUUGUAAUGGGUUGGUUUGGUUUGUCAACAAACACGAACAGAUGAAGAGACAUGAGGAUAUUGGCAUUUCUCAUGGCUGUGUUUGCCUCCACAAAUAUAAGCACAGGGGAACAUGAUAUAAGGCUGAAGUAUUUUGAAACUCUGAAGAUAUCUGACAUAAAAUUACGAACUCGAAGAAGCAUAGAUCCAAAUCCGAAGUCUCAUUUACAUCAAAUUUCCUUUCAUGCUCUUGGAAGAGACUUUAAUCUUGAUCUUCGCCUUUCCACCAUUAUAUCACCUGGAUUUAAGGCUACUAUUGUAGACAGAGAAGGGAAAACACGCAGGGAACCUAUAGACCACACACAAUUCUUCAGUGGAAAACUUGCAGGUGAUGCUGAGUCGGACGUAACAGCCCAUUGGGAGGACGACAUAUUGAUGGCCAGUAUAAGUACUACAGAAGAUGAUUAUGUGAUAGAGCCGUCCUGGCGCGUCCUUCCUCCGUCCAGUAACCAUAGCAUUAUAGCGUACAGGAAGUCUGACUUGAUAUUGGACCAACACUCGGACGACACUGGAUACAGGGAAAGAUUUUGUGACGGAACAGACAACAAUAUUCUUCGAGAUGAGGAUUUAGAACCGAAAAGCGUGGAAGUUAAUGAAGAUGAAUCAGAGAUGAGGGAGAGAAGGGACACCUCUAGUCAGAUAGCUGAUCAUAAAUCCUGUCGUCUGUAUGUUGUGGCUGAUUACUCAUUUCAUACCAAUAUUGGAAAAAACAAAAUCCACUGGACAGCCAGUUAUCUAAUUAGCAUAUUAAACAAAGUAAAUACAAUAUAUAAAAAGACCAAAUGGCCUGAUGACAACUCAGGGUUGGUUGGUUUUGGAUUUGAGAUAGCAGAGUUAAAGAUCCAUGAAGCCUAUACUUAUGGUGAAGGGGACCAUUACAACAUGCCUGACAGGAAAUUCAACACGACUAGACUACUGCAGGUUUUCAGCAGAGGUACAGAAUUCCAAGGGUACUGCUUGGCUCACCUAUUUACAUAUCAGAAGUUUGGACGAGGUGUACUGGGCUUGGCCUAUAUAGCCUCAUAUAAGCCGAAUACACCAGGAGGAAUAUGUUCACCUUCUUUCACAGUGGAUGGUCACCUGUCCACUCUAAACACAGGCUGGAGUACUUCAGCCAACAGUCAGGGAAAUAGAGUUCUCUCCCUUGAGGCAGCGCUGGUCACUGCUCACGAAUUAGGUCACAGCUGGGGGAGUGAACAUGAUGCCAGUCUAAGAUGUUCUCCAAAACGUGAGGAGGGCGGUCACUACCUCAUGUAUCCCUACUCUGUCACUGGCUACGAGACCAACAAUAAGUAUUUCUCACCCUGCAGUAGGAGAUAUAUAUAUGUUGUUAUGAAGUCUAAAGCCAAAGAUUGUUUUACAGCUAAGAGGAACUCCUUUUCAUUCUGUGGAAACGGUCGUAUAGAUCAGGGUGAGGAGUGUGAUGCUGGGGUGUUUGGUGAUCAGUGCUGUAACAAGGAGUGUCAACUGGUGGACGAUGCCAAUUGUAGUCCAUGGAAUUUUGCCUGUUGCCGUAGUAACUGCAAGGUGGCACCUUUUGGCACUAUCUGUCAUGACAUGCCGGAUGACACUAUCAGUUGUAAGGGGACGGCGUAUUGCGACGGGAUAAAUAUGACAUGUCCCAAACCAAAGGAUAAGGCUGACAACAGUUCCUGUGUGGAUGAAGGUCGGUGCAUCGACGGAACUUGUCUUGGAUAUUGUGAACUGAGAGGAAAAGUUGCUUGUAUAUGUCCCCAAGAGUCAGCAUGUUUUCGAUGUUGUAUAAAACCAAAUGACACCAGUGCUGUCUGUGAGGUGGAGCCAGACAUGGAUAAACUUCCUAAUGGCCGUCCCUGUUACCGUGGAUACUGUGUUAAUGGACACUGUGAAAAACAGAUUGCUGAUGUCAUACAGCGCUUGUUCAGUCUCAUAGACAAUAUUACUGCUGAUGAACUAGUGGCCUUUAUGCGUAGUAACAUUGUGGGGACAAUCAUUGUCUUCUCUCUUAUGCUGUGGAUACCUGCCAGCUGUACCUUUAGCUACUUUGAUAAAAAGAAGGAAAGACGUUACUACAAAGAAGCCCAGGGAUAUACAAAUCAGGGUUAUUUUGACCGAAGUAAAUCACUACAUACAUUAAUUGAAGAAGACAAAAAUAGAGUGUGGCAUUAUGGGAGUUUCAAGUUGCGACACGCCGGCAGUGUGGUGCGUAAACAGAAUCUUGUGACCGGGUAUGCUGACUUGGAGCGAGAGUCAAAAGUUUAGUUAUCCUUGAUCAGGAAAAAAUCAUUUAACAGUUGGAAAUUAAUAGUCACAGCUUGAUCCAGAAAAGGUUAUGAAGACAUAUUGGCAUUUAGUGAAUGCUUAUCCAUGCCGUGGAAACAUUCCUGGUAUAGUUUCCUUAAGUUAUAACAGUAUGUUGUCACUGGUACUAGACCUCAAGGCUCAUAGACAUAUGACCCAACAACCUUGGACAUAUUCAACUUUGACUCUAGUGUAAUGACCUUGACAUUGACCUUGGAAUUACAACCUUAAUAUUUAAUGUAAUGAUAACCACUUUAUUGAUUGCCCAAUUUUUUUUUACAAAUCAAAAGAUAUUUUCUUUUUUUUGUAUGACUCGAGGGUCAUUGAAUUAUCAAAAAUCCAUCUACAUGUAAAUGAAAAUGUUCUGAAGUUCUAAAUUUUUCAGAUUUUGAAAUGCUUCGCUCCAAAUUUACUUUAUAUUCACAAAUCUAUUAAACAAAUUCAAGGCUGAAGUUUAAAUAUGUCAUAUGAUAAUAGUAAAUAUUUAUUUUUUAAAUGGCCAGGUAUGUUACAGGGUUAAUGACCAAAGUCCUAAUUGACUGUAAUGUUUGUAUGACAUGACCUUGUGACCUCAGCCUGAUCCUCGUCAAUGUUUUUCUUGUUAUUAACACAUAUUUAGAUAUCUAACAUCAACAUUUUGUCAGGAUUUAUAUUUCAAACAUUAUUUAUUGUCACAUGGGGCCAAUGGCCAAGAAGUUAAGGUGUCCCGACACUUUAUCACUAGCUCUCCAGUGGGGCAGUUGCCUGUUACUGACCGUAGGUCAGUGGUUUUUCUCUGGUACUCUGGCUAUCCUCCACCUCCAACUUGGCACAUCCUGAAAUGACCCUGGCUGUUAAUAGGAAGUUAAAACAUAAACAAAAACAUGUAUUGUCACAAAUUUGCAUUAAAACCUGUUAUCACUGUAACAAAGUGAUACAGCCAUUGAAAUCACUAGGAUUCAGGGCUUUGUUACGAUAACAGUAACACAAUAACCAAUAAUAUGUUUUAUCAGUAAUGUAGUAGGAAAGCUUUGUGGCUUGUAUUCCAGUGUUAAACAUGUAUUAGUAUUGUGAGACAGUUACAACAUUAGAAUGUUUGUUCGGUAUGGAUGGCAUGCAUGGAAUUUCUCCAUUCCAUCCUGUCUUCCUAUGGAUUCUAGGCAUGGGAAUAAUGACAGAUGAAUUGUCUGAUUGUAGUUACAAGGAUUAUAGGUGUACCGUAUUGGGCCAUAUAAGCAAACUUGUCCCUCAAAGUGCACCCCUCAUUUUUUUAGGAAAAAAUAAUUUAGUCUAUAAAAAAGUUUAUUAACUUCAUUCUUAUAUUUAAUACAUUUUGAUAUUUCUUUAUUAACGCACGUUCCAGAGAAAAAUUCAAAUGAUCUUUUUUCCAAUUCUGAUUUGACAUUAACAUUUUUCUGGCUUUAUUAUUCUCACCUUUUUGUGUUGUUCCUGUUAAACACAAACCAUGUGUUUAAAAGGUUGAAUAUGGUUUUCGUAAAUGAUUUUGACAGUUAUUUGAUAUGAUGAAGAUCAACAAAGUCAUGGAUGUUACAUGUAGAUGAAUGUUAUAGUCAAUUUAGAUUUCUUCAGGAAUACAUAUCACUUAAUAUACUGACUAUCUUCAGAGUAACAAGAUAACCGACGGUUAAUGUGAGAUAGAGAAAAUUCCAUUGUACUUCAUUUGGAUUUUAUUUUCACUAUUUUCACUAUUUCAAUCAUAUUUGAACUUUUGUAUUGAAUAUUAAAUAAUAUUGUAAAAUGUAAUUUAGUUAUGUUUUGAUCAAUCUAUUUAUGCAUCAAAAUUUAAAAGAUUGUAUUUCAAUUGAAUUUCAUUUUCACUAUUAUAUUUCAUUAAAUCUGAAAUAAAUUUUUGAAUUAUUUCAGUUAAUUUUGCAUAAUUUAAUCAGUUGAUGUUUUAUCAAAAUAAUUUAUAUAUGAAUAUAAGUUUAAUAGAUUAUUAAUAAUAUUUCAAAUGAACUUUUUGAUUUAUUACAAAUUCACCUAGUAGUUUAUUUAAAUAAUGACUGAAAGUCACAUCCAAUCUGUGCUAUGUUAAUGUUGAUGCAUAAUCUGCCAAACUCUUCUGGUAUUGUUUUUGUUUAUUUUUUAGAAUUUAUGAAAUAUUAUAUUCUCACACCAUCAUGCUUUUGAUGUGUAAAUAUAUAUAUUAACUGUUGAUGUUGUGUGACUGUGAAAACUUGUUAAACAUUGGUACCACUGCUGUAAUAUUGAAAUGUUGAUAUACAUAUAUUUUUUAUAAGAACCAGUUCAGCAUUAACAAAAAAUUGGUAUAAAUUGUUUUAGCGAUAUUUACUACUCCUUACCAAAUUAUUGAUUUGUUGGUUAGUGCGCAAAAUCUACUUUUCUGAAAUUUACCCAGUGGAAACUGGGAAACUUGCUAAUUUCGAAAAAUUAAAAGAGGGUAAAGUUUACUUUCAUUAAUAUUUUGACUUGAUUGACUUAACUUUUGCUAAAGUAUACGGAUAGCUUUUUUCAUUUUCACGAUAAGAAGAGGAUGACGACUAUUUAGUUUUUGCCAAUUUUGACCAAUAAGAAAAGAGGAAAUUUAACAUUCACUAACUGUAACAUUUUUGACUAAUCAGAGGAGGGCAAACUUAACUUUUACUACUAUUUAACUUUUACUGCUAUUAAGUUUUUGUAUUUUCACCGAUAGGAAUAGGGCAAACCCAAGAAGACGAGUAAAAUUUAGCAAUGUAGUGAAAUUUUCACUACUUUCUACAAUUUACAGUAAACACCACACUUACAGCCUGGAUGGAUUGUAAACAGAUCUAAAAGGUUUUAUUUGUUAUCUGAGUGGGAAUGUUUCCAGGUACACAUAGUGUAUAAUAUAGUAAUAAUUAAUGGAAGUGCUGUGACAACAAUGUAGCUGAAAUCCUCUUGUUUUUACGACAUCAGAACUACUCGUCCCCUGUACUUAGUACAUUCUUGAUGUGUAUAUUUGUACGAUAUGUCAGUGAGAGCGUUAUUAAGUAUGUUGAGAUAUUUACUUGUUUAAUUUAACAAUGUGUGUACAAACAGGGGCCCUUUAUUAAGAUAUAUGCAGUUCUUAUAAUAGAUAAAUUUAUUGUUCUGUUAUUAAUAUAAAACUCUGUCACAUAACAAUAUUUUGUUAAAUGUUUUUCAUAGUUUAUUUACAGUGAGCACCUUCGUCUUGCUAAAUAUUCAGAUUUGAAAUCAAAUGUUGUGUCUCACUUAACGUCCAUUUCAAGUCUAUGCUGUCUUGCCUGUGAUUUUGGGUGUCAUUUGCCUACCAAAUGGCUUUACUUCCAGGAUUGCUUGGAUUUGUGCAUUUAAAAGUUUACUUCUAUGUCUAUAUGAAACUACAUACCUGCUAACCAUUCUUAUUUUGGAGGGACGCUGCCUGUACUACUAGUAGUUUUUACAUUAAAUUAUCAGUAAAUAUUUUUAUCAUCCAUUUUUUAAGUCCUCGAGAAUAAAUUAUCUUGCUGUAUGGUAUUGAUUUUUCAAAAUCUGUUUAAAUAUUUAGGUAUAUUUGUCUAUAUGGAUAAAAGCCAGCAUGUGCUUUAAGUCCAAUUUUAAAACAUUGGCAAGUAUGACACUCCCAUUAAGGAUUGUAUGAAUAAUAUACAUUUUCAAGGGGAUAACACUGCUUUGCUGUGAUUAAUUCAUUCUCUACCUUCUGCCUUGUUGAAAUUUCAUUUCUCAUGUCUUUGAAAUUUUAUACCCCAGAAGGUUUUGUGGGGAAUUGAAAAGAGGGCGACACAGAUUAAAUUGUAUCACUGCUUGAUGCCCUGAUUCUGACAAGAAUGCUAACUAAUCACUGACCCACUUAUUCAAAAGGUGAUUAAGCUGAUCACAGUUGAACAAAUUUUUUUAAAUCCUGACAAAAUCAUUUCCGGGGGUAAAAUUGACUUGACAAAAUUUUAUGAAGCUAUAACACUCUCUUCCUACCAGCCUAUUGUCAUGAAUACAAACAGGUUUGGAAGUAAAGGAGAAGUGAAAUUUUCACUAAUUAAGUGAAUUAAGGUAAUCACAUUUUGAAAAACUCAACCAAAGUCAUACUUCUAACACAUCUAUUUUAGGAAAAUGCCCCUAAGAUAAAUAGUGGAACUAUGCUCAUGGAUUAAUAUACUUGUACUAGUGACAGCUAAGAUGUUUGCUGUUCAGUGCUAGAGUUUUCUUGUACUAGACACAGCUAAGAUGUGUGCUGUUCAGUUGUUUUUUUAUCUUGUCUAUCUGGCACUUAUAUGCAAUAGUUGGCUCAAAGUGACAUCACAAGUAAACUGAUGUCACAUCCGAUCGUCCAAUCUAAUUAAAACAUGUCCCUAAUUACAUUACGUCUAUAGUGUUGUGUAAUGCCUGGGACAUCUGAUUUUAAUUAGAUUGUUGAUUGCCUUGCUCUUAUAUUACCCACAAGGGAGGUAAUUCAUUCAAAUUGAUGAAUUCUGAAAUUAUAAUACUGGGUACAGUACUUGAUAUAUACUUUAAGUAAUUUUGAUAAAAUUAUAUACAAGAAAAA